CAUUUCGCCGCGCUUUGAUCAAGCUCAGGAUGGCGUUCCUCACUGGCGAAGACAUGAAGAUGUGCUUCUCGCUCUUCUGCGUCGUCUACGGCAUUGGCACGCUUGGUAUGCCGGGCAACUACGCCCGCGCCGGCUACCUCUGGGCGACGAUCGCGCUCAUUUUCAUGGCGACCGUCAACACGUACGCGACGGUGUGCAUCUCCAAGGUCAUGAUGGUGGCGCCCAAGAACGUCAAGACGUUUGGUGACAUGGGCGAGUGGUGCAUGGGCGGCCUCGGUCGCUGGAUGGCCGUGAUUUCGCAAAUGGCCGUGUGCCUUCUCGUGCCGAUUGCGUUCCUCGUCCUCGGCGGCUCGCUCCUCACCGUGCUCUUCCCCGACUCGUACCCGGACUCGACGUGGAUCGUGCUCAUGGCCAUCUCGCUUCUCCCGGUGUGCCUCAUCCCGAACCUCAAGGAAGGUGCUGGCGCGGCCGCGGCCGGUGCCAUCGGUACGAUCCUUGCCGAUGCCAUUGCCAUCUACAUGCUCAUCGACAACAUGUCGACGCCGGAAGCCAAGAACCUCUCGACGCCGUCGCCCGAACUUUCGUUCUCGGGUGUCACGGCCGUCUUUGGCAACCUCGCGCUUGCGUACGGCGCCGGUGUCGUCAUUCCUGCGCUCCAGCGCGAGCACAGCGACCCGACGCGCAUGCCGCGCGUGAUUGUCGUGACGCUGGUCUCGAUCUCGGUGCUCUUCAUGAUCCUCGCCAUUACGGGUGUGUCGGCGGUCGGCUGCCAGAUCCCCGGCAACCUCCUCUUUGCCGUCAACGGUGACAAGCUCGGCUUCAAGGCGUCGCGCGGCGGCGUCAUCCUCGCGUUCCUCUUCAUGCAGCUCCACAUCACGAUCGCGUUCUCGUUGAUUCUGUACCCGGCGCUCUUCAUCAUGGAGCGCAUCAUCCUCGGCAUGCACAAGUCGGCGUUUGCGCUCGCGGAUGUCGUUGACGAAGAAGCCAAGGAGCCCGGUUUCGCCAUCGCCGAGACCCCGAACGAGACCAACACUGCUGACGUCGCCAAGGUCCACGAUGCGACGGCCGAGCACGACUCGGGCAGCGCCGCCGCCUACAACGCGCCGGGCGCGUACCUCAAGGUGUGCAUUUUGCGCACGGUCGUUGUCGCCAUCAUGGUGGUCGUGGCGCUUCUGUGGAAGGACAACUUUACGGACCUGGUCGACUUUGUCGGUGCGUCGUCGACGUCGACGAGCUGCAUGAUUUUGCCGAUCGUCUUUUACCUCAAGACGUUCCACGCGACGCUGUCCAAGCCCGAGAAGGCGUUUGCGAUCUUCUGCGUCCUCGUCACGUCGGCGCUUGCCGUCUAUGUGUCGUACACGACGGGCAAGCACCUCUUUGCGCCCGGCCAGGCCAACCCGGCGAUCAAGUUCCCGUACUGCCCGGCCGAGUACCAGCAAAUGGUCUACACCAACACGACGUACUACAGCGGCAAGAAGCUCUAG